CGGAGUUUGCUUCGGAUGGUAUUCUGUCCGAUAAAUUCUCCGUUUAUCCUAGCAAAAAACUAGUCGAUGUCAGAUUAUUGCGGUCGGGAAUUACAGUGAGCGAUCUUUCGUCAUUAAAUGCGAAUAAUUUUCAAUCUAAUGUGAAAUUCAGAGAUGUUGUCGGCUGUCAUUGUAUGCGAAGCCGCGACAGCAGUGAAUCCACAGCUUUUAUCACUGUGUACGCAUACACGCCUAAGAAGAAGAAGGAAGCUAAAGGGAGAAGCCGGCGUAGGACAACAAUAUCAUUUGCCGUAAAUAAAAGCGAUAAUUACGAGGAAAACGAACGGAUCGCACAACAAUGGAAAGUUGCAAUACUCUGUGUUUUACGAACUGUGCAAACAGGACAAGAACUACGGCUGAGUGUACACGCGCCGUAUCGGCGCAUGCUGGUGAUCAUCAACCCAUAUGGAGGUCAGGGCAAGGCCAGAAAGAUUUUCGAAGAUAACGUCUCUCAGAUUUUCACCGAAGCUGACAUCUACUAUAAGUUGAUGACCACAGAGUACUCGGGACACGCGACGGAAUACGUGCGGACGCUCGAUCUGACGGCGUGGGAGGCGAUCGUCGUCUGCGCCGGCGACGGCAUCGUCUAUGAGGUUUACAAUGGUUUGAUGCAGCGACCAGACUGGCAAGAAGCCAUACUGAUGCCUGUCGGAGUGUUGCCCGGUGGAUCCGGUAACGCCCUUGCUGCAUCCAUCAACUGGGCGGCAAGGCUUCCCUACAAAGAGAACUUUGCAUUCCACUCGGCGUUGGUCGUCGCGCAGGGCAGUCCGACGCAGAUGGACCUCGUGGCGUUGGACCUGGCCGACGGUCGGCGGCUCUACUCGUUCCUUGCCGUCGCGUGGGGCCUCGUCUCGGACGUGGACAUCGAGAGCGAGCGGUGGCGCCCGUUCGGACCGAUGCGCUUCUUCCUUGGCUUCCUUGCUCGCGUCGUCACGCUGCGCACGUAUCGGGGUCGAGUGAGCUACCUGCCAGCGAGGAACUACACGAAGCACCUUCCCCCCGCCGUCAUCCGCGACGCCUCGACGACAGACGACCUCACUCGCAGCGCGUCAGUCGGCUGCGGUGGCGGCACCUACGAACAUGUGAACGGCAGCGUUCCAUCGUCGAGGACCGUUCCGAACCUCGCCGGGUUCUGCCGCGGGCUGUUCCAGCGCUCGCAGUCCGUCGGCGCGGCAACGCUCGACUUCCCCGGUACGGACGCGAUGGAGAACGCGGAUGACGACGGCAUUGCCGCGACGACGACGCGAUCCAACGGCGACGUCGGCCACGACGACCGUCCCCACGACGACCGUCCCCAUGACGACCGUCCCCACGACGACCGUCCCCAUGACGACCGUCCCCACGACGACCGUCCCCACGACGACCGUCCCCACGACGACCGUCCCCAUGGCGACAGCGGCCGCGGCGACGGUCCCCAUGACGACGGCCCGACUCCGCAGCGACCGCACGCUGAGAAGAACGGACGCCCGCCGCGCAACGGCGAGAUCGCCACGACGGCCGUGUCGACGCCGCUUCUCGCUCCGCUCGGUUCGCCCGUGCCGCCAUCUUGGGUCGUCGUCGACGACGACUUUGUGCUCGCGUGUCCCGUCUACCAGACGCACCUCGGCUCGGACUCGAUCACGGUGCCGUACGGCGCGUUCGCGGACGGCGUCAUCCACCUCGCCGUGAUCCGACGCGGCGUGACGCGCAAGGCCAUGCUGACGCUGUUCCGCGAGAUGGAGGUUGGCCGGCACGCGGCGAACCCCAACAUAGAGCUGAUCCCGUGCGAGGCGUUUCGUCUCGAGCCGGACAUGGCGGACGAGGCGGCGGCGGCGGGCAUCAUGACGAUCGAUGGCGAGCAGAUCGCGUGCGGCCCGAUCCAGGGCCAGGUGCUGCCCGGCGUCGCACGCGUCAUCGCCGUCAGCGACUCCAGCUCCAUCUAGCGGCCGGAGCGGUCGCCGGCAGCUGUAGCUCCAUCUGGUGGGCGGUGGAAGGCGUCGCGUGUUGUGAGAGUCGUGUAGCGCCAUCUACAUGUGAUGUUCGGCGACUCCAGCGCCAUCUAUGUGUGAUGGUCGGCGACUGCAGCGCCAUCAAGGUGUGAUGGUCGGCGACUCCAGCGCCAUCUAUGUGUGA